AUGAAUGCGGCACUUUCGAGCGUAAGAUCGCGCGCGUUCGAAGCGAUUUCGCAGCUUUCCGCUGGCUCGCGAUCGUCAUUGCCCACAUCGUCAUCGAGGUCCAACGACAAGCCGAGACGCAGUUUGGAUCGUCCUCGUUUGUUCAAACGCCACGGCUCGAAUGUCGACCAUAUACACACUCAGUUGUUCGACAAAGCGGUUGCGCCUCCUUCGCGUUCCACGGUGCUCUUCGUGCUCGGCUGCCUGGCAUGGUACAUUUCGUCCUCGCUCUCGUCCAACACGUCCAAAGCGCUGCUCUCCAAGGGUCGCAAUCACGUGGAUAGCGGUCUACCGCAAGUGCGACCGCCGGCUUUCCCUUAUCCGGUGACGCUGACGUUGAUCCAUUUUGGCUUUGUCAACGUUUGCUGUGCCAUCUGCGCGUCUCGGCGCAUGCUUGGCCAUCGAGCGCUGACACGAUUGGUGCCGCCGUCGUUGUCACGUGUGGCUGAAGUGGGGCAGUUGGCGUUUUUCAAUGUGGUCGGACAGGCGCUCUCGUCGCUUGCCAUCGCGCGCGUUCCGGUCUCCACGGUACACACGAUCAAAGCGCUCAGUCCGUUGUUCACCGUUCUCAGCUACACGUACCUGUUCAACGUCAGCUACUCGUCCAAGACGUACAUGUCGCUGUUUCCCUUGACAGCAGGCGUCAUGAUGGCGUGUACAGGCUUCGCUUUCAAUGCUGACGACAUGGUCGGAUUCGCAGCCGCCCUCGCGUCUACGCUGGUCUUUGUCGCACAGAACAUCUACUCGAAAAAGCUCUUGCGCAAAGGCGAAAGAUCCGAGGGCGAAAAAAUGGACAAGAUCAAUAUUCUCUUUUACUCGUCCGGCUGUUCGAUCGUGCUGAUGAUCCCGAUGGCGCUGUACUACGAUGGCUCCAGCUUGCUCUUCCGGCCGAGCUGGAAUGCGUCAGAGGCGUAUCCAUACGAUAGGCGCACAUUCGUCUUGUCCUGGCUGCUCUGCAACGGACUUGUGCACUUUGCGCAAAACAUCCUGGCGUUCAACGUGCUGUCCAUGGUCUCGCCCGUCACGUAUUCGAUCGCGUCGUUGCUCAAGAGGGUGUUUGUGAUCGUGCUGGCUAUCCUCUGGUUCCGACAAUCAGUCACGCGCCUCCAGUGGUUCGGCAUCGGCCUCACCUUCUACGGCUUGUGGAUGUACAACGAUAGUAAGACCAAGGACGACGUUGACAAGGGCGAUAAAAAGGUCGAGCGUCAACAGGGCGUUGGCAACCACGCGAUACUCCCGCUCACUUCGGCCAGCACAGCCAGCACAGCCAGUGGAGCGAGUGGAUGGACCGAUGCACUGCACAACCGACCGCAUCCAUUCGCGCCGUCGACGAGUGCGUACGCCUUUGCGGCGCAACAGCCUUCGGCACACGCCGCGCCAGCACGGCUACACCAACCAGUGUAUCCACCUGCGCCCACCAAAGGCUGGAACGACAUCCCCGACUCCACGUUGACGAGCUACAUCAACGACCCCACCAAGAGUCUACCCAGUCCGCCAGACAGCGACAAAGAAGUCUAA